UGAUGUCAUCAGAAUCAUCACCCUUGGCAUCAUCACCAUCAGAAUUAUCACCGGUAUCAUCGCCACCAGAAUUAUCACCAACAUCAUCACACUUGGAAUUUUCACCAUCAGAAAUAUCACCAUUAGAAUUAUCACCACCACUGCCAGAAUUAUCACCAGGAUCAUCAUCAAAAUUAUUACCAUCAGAAUUAUCACCUACAUCAUCACCAUCAGCAUUAUCACCAGCCUUAUCAGCAGCAGCAUUAUCACCAGCAUCAUCACCAUCAGAAUUAUCACCAUCAUCAUUGCCAUCAACAUUAUCACCGUCAGAAGUAUCAACAUUGGAAUUAUCAUCUUCAGCAUCAUCACCAUCAGAAUUAUCACCAUCAUCAUCACCAGAAUUAUCACAAGCAUCAUUACAGACAGAAUCAUUAUCAUCACCAUCAUCAAUUUCAGAAUUAUCACCAUCAGAUUUAUCAACUACAUCAUUACAAACAGAAUUAUCACUGGGAUCAUCACCAUCAGAAGUAUCAUCAUCAGCAUCCCCACCUUCAAAAUUAUCUCCAGCAUCAUCAUCAUCAGAAUUGUCACCCGUAUCAUUAUCAACAGAAUUAUCGACAGCUUCAUUUUUAUCAGAAUUAUCACCAACAGCAUCACCAUCUGAAUUAUCACUGGGAUCAUCACCAUCAUCAUUAUCAUCACAAUCAUCAAUUUCAGAAUUAUCACUAUCAGUGGUAUCACCAUCAGAUUCAUCAACAGCAUCAUCACUAUCAUUAGUGACAUCAUCACCAUCAGAUUUAUCCACAUCAAAAUUAUCACCAGCAUCAUCACCAUUAUCAGCACCAUCAUCACCAUCACCAUUAUCAGUACCAUCAUUAUCUUCAGAUUUAUCACCAUCAGCAUCCUCACCAUCAGAAACACCACCACCGUCCUCACCACCAUUAUUAUCAGUGGCAUCACCAUCAGAAUUAUCACCAGCAUCAUCACUAUCAGAUUUAUCAACUGCAUCAUCACUAUCAGAUUUAUCAACUGCAUCAUCACUAUCAGAAUUAUCACCAUCGGCAUCCUCACCAUCAGAAAUACCACAAGCAUCCUCACCACCAUCAUUAUCAGUGGUAUCACCAUCAGAUUCAUCAACCACAUCAUCACCUUUAGAAUUAUCACCAGCAUCCUCAUCAUCAUCAUCAUUAUCAGUGGCAUCAUCACCACCAGAUUUAUCAAGAGCAUUGUCAUCAUCAGAAUUAUCACCAGUACAAUCACCAUCAUUAUUAUCAGUGGCAUCAUCACUAUCAGAUUUAUCACCUGCAUCAUCACUAUCAGAAUUAUCACCAGUCUCAUCACCAUCAGAAUUAUCACCAGCAUCAUCACCAUCAGAAUUAUCACCAGCAUCAUCACCUUCAGAAUUAUCACCAGCAUCAUCACCUUCAGAAUUAUCACCAUCGGCAUCCUCACCAUCAGAAAUACCACAAGCAUCCUCACCACCAUCAUUAUCAGUGGUAUCACCAUCAGAUUCAUCAACCACAUCAUCACCUUUAGAAUUAUCACCAGCAUCAUCAUCAUCAUUAUCAGUGGCAUCAUCACCACCAGAUUUAUCAAGAGCAUUGUCAUCAUCAGAAUUAUCACCAGUACAAUCACCAUCAUUAUUAUCAGUGGCAUCAUCACUAUCAGAUUUAUCAACAGCAUCAUCACCUUCAGAAUUAUCACAAGCAUCAUCACCAUCAGAAAUACCACCAGCAUCCUCACCGUCAUCAUUAUCAGUGGCAUCACCAUCAGCUUUAUCAACAGUAUCACCACCAUCAGAAUUAUCACCAGUAUCAUCACCAUCAUUGUCAGUGUCAUUAUCACUGUUAGAUUUAUCAACAGGAACAUCACCAUCUCCAGCAUUACCAUCUCCAGCAUUACCACCAACAAACCUAUCACUAGCAUCAUCACAAUUAGAAGAAUCAACAUUGAAAUUAUCACCAGUAUCAUCGCCAUCAGAAUUAUCAACAGGAACAUCACCAUCAUCAUCCUCACUAGAAUUAUCACCAUCAUUACCAAAAGAAUUAUCACCUGGAAUAUCACCAGAAUUAUCUCCAACAGCAUCACCAUCAGAAUUAUCACCCACAUCAUCAGCAUCGGAAUCAUCACCAUUUUCUUUACCAUCACAAAUAUCACAAGUAUCAUCACCAUCAGAAUUAUCAACAGAAACAUCACCAUCUGAAUUAUUACCAUCUCCAGCACUACCACCAACAAACCUAUCACCAGCAUCAUCACAAUCAGAAGAAUCAACAUUGGAAUUAUCACCAGUAUCAUCACCAUCAGAAUUAUCAACAGGAACAUCACCAUCUGAAUCAUCUCCAACAUUACCACAAACAAACCUAUCACCAGCAUCGUCACAAUCAGAAGAAUCAACAUUGGAAUUAUCACCUUCAACAUCAUCACCACCAGAAUUAUCACCAGCAUCAUUACCAACAGAAUUAUCACCAGGAUCAUCACCAUCAUCAUCUUCACUAGAAUUAUCACCUUCAUUACCAAAAGAAUUAUCACCUGGAAUAUCACCAUCGAAUUUAUCACCAGAAUUAUCUCCAACAGCAUCACCAUCAGAAUUAUCACCAUCACCUUCAGAAUUAUCACCCACAUCAUCAGCAUCGGAAUCAUCACCAGUUUCUUUACCAUCAGAAAUAUCACCAAUAUCAUUACCAUCAGAAGUAUCAACAGAAACAUCACCAUCUGAAUCAUUUCCAACAUUAACUCCAGCAAACCUUUCACCAGCAUCAUCACCACCAGAAUUAUCACCAGAAUCAGCAUUCUCAGAAUUAUUACCUACAGAAUUAUCACACCCAUCAUCACAAUCAGAAUUAUCACCAGCAUUAUCACCAUCAGAAAUAUCACCAAUAUCAUUACCAUCAGAAUCAACAGAAACAUCACCAUCUGAAUCAUUUCCAACAUUACCUCCAGCAAACCUUUCACCAGCAUCAUCACAGCCAGAAUUAUCACCUGCAACAACAUCAUCAGAAUUAUUACCUACAGAAUUAUCACACCCAUCAUCACAAUCAGAAUUAUCACCAGCAUUAUCAUCAUCAGAAUUAUCACCAAUAUCACCAUUAGAAAUAUCAUCAUCAGAAUUACUAUCAGCAUCAUCAGCAACUACAUCAUCAGUAUUAACAGCAUUCACUUCUUAUUAUAAUUCUGUGUUAAUAAAACAAUUAACAUCCUUGGUGUCUAUAUCACCAUCAAGAAUGAUUUCAUCAUCCUCAUUAUUACCAUCAGCAUCAUCGUCAUCAGAAUUAUCACCAUCUGCAUCAUCACCAUCAGAAUUAUCACCAGUAUCAUCACCACCAGAAGUAUCACCAACAUCAUCACAAUCAGAAUUAUCACCAUCAGAAAUAUCACCAUUAGAAUUAUCACCACCACCACCACCAGAAUUAUCACCAGCAUCAUCAUCAGAAUUAUUACCAACAGAAUUAUCACCAGCAUUAUCACCAGCAUCAUCACCAUCAGAAUUAUCACCAUCACCAUCAGAAGUAUCAACAUUGGAAUUAUCACCAUCAGCAUCAUCACCACUUGAAUUAUCACCAACAUCAUUACCAUCAGAUUUAUCACCAGAAUUAUCACCACCACCACCACCACCAGCAGAAUUAUCACCAGCAACAUCAUCAGAAUUAUUACCAUCAUCAUCAACAGCAGCAUUAUCACCAUCAGAAUUAUCAACAUUGGAAUUAUCACCAAGAUCAUCACCAUCAGAUUUAUCACCAGAAUUGUCACCAAAAGCAUCACCAUUGGAAUUAUCACCAUCACCUUUAGAAAUACCAUCAGAAGUAUCACCAACAUCACACCCAUCAGAAUUAUCACCAUCACUAUCAGAUUUAUCACCGGCAUCACAAACAUCAGAAUUAUCACCAUCACAAUUAUUACCAUCUUAUUAUAAUUCUGUGUUAACAAAACAACUGAUAUCAUUGAUAUCGCCAUCGAAAAUGAUACUGACUUCAUCGUCCUCAUUAUCACCAUCAGCAUCCUCACCAUUAACAUCACCAGUAACAUCAUCCAUUUAUGAUUUUUUGUUAACAAAACAAUUUAUAUCUCUAUCACCAUCAAAAAUGUCUUCAUUGUCCUCAACUUUAUCUCCAUUGGCAAUAUCUUCAUCACCAUCAGCAGCAUCUUAUUAUGAGUCUGCAUUAACAAAAUAUUCAACAUUAUCACCAUUACCAUCAGUAAUAACAUCUGAAUCACCAUCACUGUCUUCAUCAUUCUCUUUAAAAUCAUCAUUAAUGUCGUCUACAUCAUCUGAGCCAUUGUCCUAUUAUGACAUAUCAAAACAACAACCAUUCAUAUCCGUGUCACCAUCAAAAUUGUUCUCAUCACCAUCAAAGCCUUCGCAGCAGUUCUCUCAGAUCUCUGCACUAAUCCCAUCACACCUUUCACAGGAAGUGAGUGAACCUCGUCUUGUUGUUACAGAGAAGUCUACGCUGGACCAGUGGAUGUCCGGGCUUCCGUCCUCUGUCCUUACAUCUCGAGAGACGAGGCUUCAUGCAAUAGGAAAUGACUCUGGUUUACCGCCAUUCCAAAUGAUAAGUCCUAUAUUACCCAACAAAAAUGUAAAUGUCUCAGUCCAUUCAGAACCACUUACCCAGCAACUACCAACUAGCAAUUUCUCUCAACUCACCACCACAACAGCUUCCACAACAAGUACCACAACCACACAACCGACCAGCACAACUCAGUUAACCAGCACCACAGGGACUACAACCACCACCACUACGGCAAAGCCUCCCGGAACUAUAGCACCUACCGUGUCCCCUAAAUGGCCCACCACCACCCAGCAUGUCAGGACCAGUCCACCCAGAACCACCACCACCACUCAAAGUUCUCCACUCAGCUGCAACAUAACUGACAGGAUGUGGGUUAAAACAGUUCUGUCCAUCCACAUCCGGAGGAACCGGCUGGACAAUAUUUUGAAACAGAACCUUCCGAAAGGUCUGACUUUGGCACUGGCGAAGGCUCUGAAUGACAGCGGUGCCCGUGCACAGAUUGAAAGUCUGUCCACGGUGCACAACGUGACCGUGGGAUAUUACGUAACUCGUGGCGACAUGGUCUACACCACGUCCGUCGUAGUGGAGGCUCUGAGCUCCUACGGCAUGGACAGGCUGAUGGCGGAUAUCCGGCAGUUUGUGCCCAUGGUGCAGGCGGUGCCAAUCCCAGCAGCCCCCUGGAGGCCUACUCCUGCUAUUUCACUCAUGCUGAAGACAGUUUUGAGAUUUGUAGGACCGGGAGAUGAUCUGAGGUCCUGCAGGUUUGCUCAGCUGAUGGAGGAGAGACUGGAGAACGCGUUUGCCGAGGCUGAGGCCAAAGUGCUGCUGAACGCUUACAGCACACUCAGCGUGCAGAUUCUGAGUGUGUCUCAGUCGGCCGGUUCUCCUGCAGUAUCUCUGAUAUACGUGGUGCAUAACAGAACCGAGACCCUGAACGGCACCGUGGCCAGUAACCUGCUGAGCCGCCUGACUGCUGAGCUUGUGGGCUACUUCCUGUUUUACCCUCCGCUCAUCACUGCAGAGCCUUUGGAGUACCACAACCUCAACACCUCAGCAGCUACCAAGGAAUUCUGGGUAAUCACAGUGAUUCAGGACGUGGAGAACUCGUCUCUGGAGGGUCAGUACCAGAGCUUUGCCAGUCUGAUGGAGCAGCGCUUGGCAGAGCUCUUUGUGGUAGCACAUCAGCAGGGUGCCCGCUUUAAACGUGCCACUACGGUGGGCAGUUACACUGUUCAGAUGGUUGGCAUGAGGCGAGUGGUAGGUCCAAAAAACCCGGCUGAACUCACCUACUAUGUGCAGUUGAAUGGAAUGCCACUCCCUGGUACAACUGCAGCGAAAAUCCUGAACACUGUGGACUCUCAGACAAUGGCUCUGACACUGGGAUAUUUUGUCCAGCUCCAAGCUGAAGCUGUGGUGAAGGGCCCUUCCAACAAUCUCUGGAUCAUCGCCUCUGUUUUGGCCCCUAUCGGCAUUGUCACCAUCAUCAUCAUCAUCAUCACCGCUGUUCUUUGUCACAAAAACAAGAGCGACUUUAAAACCGACGGAAUUGGCAACCUGAAUCCACGGGUUAAGACGACUUACCGGAGAGACAUGAGUUAUUAUCACCAGCCUGUUCAGGGUUUCGACUAUGCGAAGCAGCAUUUGGGUCAGCUGGGCGCCGACGAGGACAGCGCACCCCUUCCUCAGGCUCCGCUGCCGAUCCGGGACGCCUCUCUCUCCAUGGAAAAGGUCAUCCACCCAGACGGCACCAACUCCAAAAAGACCCUCAGUGGCGAAAUCCGGAAAAGCAGGUUGCCGAGCGAGGACGGUUCUGCGGUCAGCGUCGAAUCGGCGAGGCCGGUCUCAGUACGAGGCUCCACGGUGAAGAAAAUCACGACACAGCAAAGUCUCGUGAAGGAGGAAAGUAAGAAGCGGACCGGUGAGAAUCCGUAUGACACCUCAUCAGGAUCUCUGCAGCUCAUCUCUGUAAAACCGAUAGCAGCACCGCCGGCGUACUCGCAGCCAGCUUCCUCUGACCGCAGUCAAGAUUCGGCUGUCCUGAAUGGCGAGGUGAAUUUAGCUCUGAAGCAGAAGUCUGACAUCGAGCAUUACAGGAACAAGCUAAGGCUGAAAGCCAAGAGGAAAGGCUACUACGACUUCCCAUCAGCCGAGGGCAGCUCCAAGGCUACGAGACACGGAAGCGACAAAGCCGAACACAUCCCAGCUACACGACCGUCCAGCAGAACGCCAGAGUACGACGACGACCGGAGCUCCACGUAUGUCAAAUCACGCAGGAGACUCUCUGAGGUAAAAUAUCCAGAGUAUCGGAGCAGACAAUCUUUAAACAGCCCGAGUCCCGGGGGAACCGAGAUGGACCUUCUGGUGAUGAGAGAACGGCCACGGAAAGGCAUCCGCAACAGCGGCUACGACACGGAGCCUGAAAUCAUUGAGGAGACCAACGUGGAUGGCUUAGCUGCUCGCCGUCACUAUGGCUAUGGGCGGCAGGUCAAAGGUCACUCAGAGACAUCCACACUGAGCUCACAGCCCUCUAUAGAUGAAGUGCGUCAGCAGAUGCAUCUGCUGUUAGAGGAAGCUUUCAGCCUGGCUUCUGCAGGUCAUACCUCAUCCAGCAGAAGGAACCACUACCACCAGCAGCACCAGGCGAUUAGCCCUUACAGCCCCGGGCCUUCUAUUCCCUACUCUGAGGGGCCAACUAGCGCACCUGACACCAUGAGCCAUGCCCAAGGUGGACUGCAGUGGGUACCAGCCUAUGGCCAUGACCUCUAUCAGUGCAGCCUGAGCAAACCGACCUUCAGGUUCACCCAGCUGCCGGAGAUGGUCACGGACUCUCCUCCUCCUCCCGUUCCUCCCAGAACAGGCCCAGCGCCCAGGAGCUCACUGCGGAGGUCUUCCUCAGAUCUCGGCCCAAAAGCUCACAGCUCUGAAUCAUCUGUGCCAGACGUGCCGAGUCAGCAGGACAGCAACACAUACGUGCCAAUGAGCAGAGGGUCACUCCCACCUGUCACUACUGAGCCUGUACUCAACCACUCAGGAAACCCGAUGACUGCUGUGUACGCCAUCCCAGCCAGCAGGCCAGGCUACCCCGGCUACUUCAUCUCCACUCCUCCUUCGUCCUAUCACAGCCCCUCGUGGAUGUCGUAUCCCCCAGAGCCCGAGGACGUGUCUUCACCAUGGACUGAUUCUGUUCCGUUGCCAGGUUACGCAGAAGCUUUUCCGAACCCACGUUACCCUCGAGGAAGUCCUUUCCAGUGGAACCCCAGCCAGGCGGUGUCUCCUCCUCAGGGGGAACCCGAUCAGCCGUUCUCUCUGUCCACCGAACCCGUGGACUUGAUCACUCCCAUCACGCUCUCCACCUCGGCUCUGGUCCAGGCCAUCCGUGAUGAGGUCGCCAAGCUGGCCAAAAAGCAAGCGGACAUGUUUGAGUUCCAGGUCUAGAGCUCCCCCUGCAGAACUGGAGCACAAACUGCACUCUCGAGCUCUGGAGCUCUCUUCUUGCUGACUUUUGGUUAAAGCCAGGCUCCUGAAUUUUCCUGGAAACUUCCAUUCCUUAAAAGAACUUAAAGGUGUAUGUGUUUUAUGAAAAGGCUGCCUGUUUAUACAGCUUUGUCUCCUUUCCUACACCGGCAUUAUAUUUUAGCAUCAAGUAAAGCUUUUGGAUAAAAGACAAUAUCAAAUCCAUCGCUACUUUCAUAUCUAACUCUAAUUCCAAACACACAGGAAUGAUGAAUGAUGAUGGUUAUGAAAAAAAAAAGUUUUUUUGUUUCCGCUAUGCACAACUCAGCCAAUCCAUAAGUGCAUACUUGGUGUGAUACAUGUAGGGAAUAAAAUACUGGCAUGGUGUAAUGAAGCGGAGUUUCUUUUGCUACCCUGAAGUUGAUUAGUUUUCUAUAACAGCAUGUGAGGGGCAUGAUGGCUCAGUGGUUAGCAUGUUUGGCUUGCAGGGUUGAGGGUUCGAUUCCUGCCUCCACCCUGUGUGCGUGGAGCUUGUACUCCGGUUUCCUCCCCCAGUCCAAAGACAUGCAUUUUAGGCUGCAUUGGCAUCUCUAAAUUGUCUAAUUUGUGUGUGAAUGAGUGUGUGUGUGUGUGUGUAUGUGUGUGAUUGUGGCCUGCGAUGGACUGGCACUCCGUCCAGGCCGUCCCCUGGGAUAGGCUCCAGGCUCCCCGUGACCCUAUAUAGGAUAAGCGCUACAGAAAAUGGAUGGAUAACAGCAUGUGUUUUAUUCCUCACAGUGAUUUGCCAACAAUUUUACAAUUUCUGUUCAGGAACAUCCGUGAAACAAGUUCCUGUUCUCACUUACGUUAUAGCAGCUAUAGACAGUCGUUCCCUCACCAGCCUCUCUUUAUUCUCUCUCUUGAAGUUAAGAAGAUAAAAAAACAUGCAGCUUGUCAUGUUACUGAAAAUCUGCAAAGCGUAAACAGCUUUAAUUCUGAAUCCAAAUCUUUAGCACCGACACUGGAGACUCCUUCCAUAAAUGUUAAAUAAACGUCUUCUUACGGAAAACAUCACCAUAUAAACAGCGUCCGCCGUACAAGUCCCUGUGAACGAGCUGUUACUAUAGAAACGAUAAACCUGCGCUACUGUCAGAGCUGCUGUUAUAGAAAAUUAAUCAACACCUUCUGACCAAUCAGAAUCCAGAAUUCAACAGCGCUGGAAUGUAUGAAUGUACAUAUUAGUCAUCUUCCUACUGAGAGUUAUGCAACAGUUUGUGUUACGAUAUUUUCUAACAUAAUUGUGUUAACUAUUUUAUGCAUAUAAUGUUUGAAAUGCGCAACGUGCCACAUGAUUUCUUUCGUUCACCUUUCACACUAAAUGUUAUUUCUCAGCCGCUAACACACCUUUUACAUGCAAUCCUACAUUUUUUUUUAAUGUGAGCACUUAUGGCGCUCUGGCCAGUGCUUAUUCUAUUUAUA